GGAGGAGAGAAGCGCAGAGGAACGUCCUCUUCCGGAUGACUCAGGGAGGAAGGAGGCGUGCAGGGCGGCUCUUCUGCUCUUCCAAGGAUCGAAGCAGCAGCUGGAAGACAAAGAGGAUGGCAAUAUGAGCACUCUGAACAAUUGUGGAUAACAAGCAACGUUGAAAAGGAAAACAAAUCAGUCCAGAAAUCAAAAUGUUUUCCACUUCCCCCAGAAAAACACACAAUUCUUCACCUUCCUAGGCAGACAAAGAAGAUGGCAAUAAGAGCACUCUGGACAACUGAGGAUAACAAGCAACACUGAAUAGCAAAGCAAGUCAGUCCAGAAAUCAAAAUAUUUUCCUUUUCCUUCUGAAAACUAUACAAUCUUCCUAAGCAGAUGAGGGAGAGAAAAAAAAGAAAACCAAGAAGAGAUUUGUAUCUGGAGAAAGCAGAGUAUGCAAAACUCAAGCAAACGUUACAUGAAAAGUCAAGGGAGAUUAUUUUUCCAUUGAGCAAAGGAGGGAAAUAUCUCGAAGUCAGUGGGAAGGAAAAGGUGAAUUGGAAAGCCAUGCAGGGCAGACAGUGUUGCAGGCCUCACUCUGGGAGGAAGAAAAUCACCACUAAAUCAAAGUACCAUUAAACAAGGUAUCAUCUAUAUUUUUGAUCUCCUCAAGAACAUGAGUUGUGGAAAAGCUCCAUAGACGUGCCUGUUGUGGGAAAGAUACAACUUGCAACUCAUAGCUGAUUAUGCCUGAGAGGAUCCAGACUGGAGAAAAGCCAUACAAGUGCUCCCAUUGCGGCAAAUGCUUUAGCGAGCAUGGCAACAUGGACUCACACCAAAGAGAAACAUUUUGAAUGUCCUGAUUGUGGGAAAAGCUUCAGCAAGAAUUCCAACCUGGUGACACACCAGAGGACUCACACAGGAGAGAAACCAUUUGAAUGUCCUGAUUGUGGGAAACGUUUCAGUACCAAAUACAGUCUGGUGAUACACCAGAGCAUUCACACAGGAGAGAAACCCUUUGAGUGUCCUGAUUGUGGGAAACGUUUCAGUAUCAAAUCCAGUCUGGUGACACACCAGAGGACUCACACAGGAGAGAAACCCUUUGAAUGUCCUGAUUGUGGGAAAAGUUUCAGUAUGAAAUCCAGUCUGGUGACACACCAGAGCAUUCACACAGGAGAGAAACCCUUUGAGUGUCCUGAUUGUGGGAAAUGUUUCAGUACCAAAUCCAGUCUGGUGACACACCAGAGCAUUCACACAGGAGAGAAACCCUUUGAGUGUUCUGAUUGUGGGAAAUGUUUCAGUACCAAACCCAGUCUGGUGACACACCAGAGGACUCACACAGGAGAGAAACCCUUUGAGUGUCAUGAUUGUGGGAAAAGUUUCAGUACCAAUUCCAGUCUAGUGACACACCAGAGGACUCACACAGGAGAGAAACCCUUUGAAUGUCAUGAUUGUGGGAAACGUUUCAGUACCAAAUUCAGUCUGGUGACACACCAGAGCAUUCACACAGGAGAGAAACCCUUUGAAUGUCAUGAUUGUGGGAAAAGUUUCAGUCAGAAUUCCAGUCUGGUUAGACACCAGAGGGUUCACACAGGAGAAAAACCCUUUGAAUGUCGUGAUUGUGGGGAAAGCUUCAGUAACAAUUCUAACCUGGUGAUACACUGGAGGAGUCACACAGGAGAUAAAUCCUUUGAGUGUCAUGAUUGUGGGAAAAGUUUCAAUACCAAUUCCAAACUGGUUAGACACCAGAGGGUUCACACAGGAGAUAAACCCUUUGAAUGUCCUGAUUGUGAGAAAUGUUUCAGUCAGAAUUCUAGUCUGAUUAAACAUCAGAGGACUCACACAGGAGAGAAACCCUUUGAGUGUCCUGACUGUGGGAAACGUUUCAGUCAAAAUUCUCAUCUUGUUUCACACCAGAGCACUCACACAGGAGAAAAACCCUUUGAAUGUCCUGAUUGUGGGAAAAGCUUCAGUAACAAUUAUAACCUGGUGAUACACAGGAGGAGUCACACAGGAGAGAAAUUCUUUGAGUGUCCCGAUUGUGGGAAAAGUUUCAAUACCAAUUCCAGGCUGGUGACACACCAGAGGGUUCACACAGGAGAGAAACCCUUUGAAUGUCCUGAUUGUGGGAAAAGCUUCAGUAAUAAUUAUAACCUGGUGAUACACAGGAGGAGUCACACAGGAGAGAUAUCCUUUGAGUGCCCUGAUUGUUGGAAAAGUUUCAAUACCAAUUCCAGGCUGGUUAGACACCAGAGGGUUCACACAGGAGAUAAAUCCUUUGAGUGCCCUGAUUGUGGGAAAAGUUUCAGUACCAAUUCCAGUCUGGUUAGACACCAGAGGGUUCACACAGGAGAGAAACCCUUUGAGUGUCCUGAUUGUGGGAAAAGCUUCAGUAACAAUUCUAACCUGGUUAGACACCAGAGGCUUCACACAGGAGAGAAACCCUUUGAGUGCCCUGAUUGUGGGAAAAGUUUCAAUACCAAUUCCAGACUGGUGACACACCAGAGGGUUCACACAGGAGAGAAACCCUUUGAGUGUCCUGAUUGUGGGAAACGUUACAAUUGGACAAGCAUCCUGGUGAAACACCAUAGGACUCACACAGGAGAGAAACCGUUUGAAUGUCCUGAUUGCGGGAAUAGUUUCAGUCAGCGUUCCAACCUGGUUACACACCAGAGGACUCACACAGGAGAGAAACCCUUUCAAUGUCCUGAUUGUGGGAAAAGUUUCCGUUCGAAUUCCAGCCUGGUGAGACAUCAGAUGACUCACAAAGGAGAGAAACCCUUUGAAUGUCCUGAUUGUGGGAAAAGUUUCAGUCGGAAUUCCAACCUGGUGAUACACCAGAGAAUUCACACAGGAGAAAAACCCUUUGAAUGUCCUCAUUGCGGAAAAAGUUUCAGUCAGAAUUCCAGUCUGGUGACACACCAGAGAACUCACACAGGAGAGAAACCAUAUGAGUGUCCAGACUGUGGGAAAGAUUUCAGUCUUAGGACUAGCCUUCUAAAUCAUAUGCUUAUACACACAGGGGAGAAACCAUUUGAGUGCGCUGAGUGUGGAUGGUGCUUCAGUGAUAAAUCUAGCCUGGUGAAACACCAGAGGACUCACACAGGAGAGAAACCGUUUGAGUGUCCUGAUUGUGGUAAAAGUUUUAGUCAGCAUUCCAGCCUGGUAACACACCAAAGGACUCACACAGGAGACAAACCAUUUGAGUGUCCUGAUUGUGGUAAAAGUUUUAGUCACAAUUCCAGCCUGAUGGAACACCAGAGAACUCACACAGGAGAGAAACCGUUUGAAUGUCCUUAUUGUGGGAAAAGUUUUAGUCGGAAUUCCAGCCUGGUGAUACACCAAAGAACUCACACAGGAGAGAAACCCUUUGAGUGUCCUGAUUGUGGGAAAAGUUUUAGUCAUCAUUCCAGCCUGGUAACACACCAAAGGACUCACACAGGAGACAAACCAUUUGAGUGUCCUGAUUGUGGUAAAAGUUUUAGUGACAAUUCCACCCUGGUGAAACACCAGAGGACUCAUACAGGAGAGAAACCGUUUGAAUGUCCUGAUUGUGGGGAAAGUUUUAGUCGGAUUUCCAGCCUGGUGACACACCAAAGGACUCACACAGGAGAGAAACCCUUUGAGUGUCCUGAUUGUAGUAAAAGUUUUAGUCACUAUUCCAGCAUGGUGGCACACCAAAGGUCUCACAGAGGAGAGAAACCAUUUGAGUGUCCUGAUUGUGGGAAAAGCUUUAGUCAAAAUUCUCACCUCGUUUCACACCAGAGCAUUCACACAGGAGAGAAACCCUUUGAGUGUCCUGAUUGUGAGAAAUGUUUCAGCACAAAAGGAAACCUCGUGAGACACCAGAGAACUCAUACAGGAGAGAAACCCUUUGAAUGUCCUGAUUGUGGGAAUAGUUUCAGUCGACAUUCUCACCUCAUUUCACACCAGAGGACUCACACAGGAGAGAAACCAUUUGAAUGUCCUGUUUGUGGGAAAAGUUUCAGUCACAAUUCUAGUCUGGUGAUACACCAGAGGACUCACACAGGAGAGAAACCGUUUGAAUGUCCUGAUUGCAGGAAAAGUUUCAGUCAGCAUUCCAAUCUCAUUGGUCACCAGAGGACUCAUACAGGAGAGAAACCCUUUGAGUGUCCUGACUGUGGGAAAAGUUUCAGUCAUAAUUUCAGUCUAGUGAAACACCAGAGGACUCACACUGGACAGAAACCUUUUGAAUGUCCCUAUUGUCAUAAAAAAUUCAGUCACAAUUCUAGCCUGAUGGUACACCAGAGGACUCACACAGAAGAGAAACCCUUUGAAUGUCCUGAUUGCAGGAAAAGUUUCAGUCAGAAUUCCGACCUGGUGACACACCAGAGGACUCACACAGGAGAGAAACCCUUUGAAUGUGCUGAUUGUGGGAAAAGUUUCAGUCAAAAUUUCUGGCUGGUGAUACACCAGAGAAUUCACACAGGAGAGAAACCCUUUGAGUGUCUUGAUUGCGGGAAAAGUUUCAGUCGGAAUUCCAACCUGGUGAGACACCAGAGGACUCACACAGGAGAGAAACCAUAUGAGUGUCCAGACUGUGGGAAAGAUUUCAGUAUUAGGACUAGCCUUCUAAAUCAUAUGCUUAUACACACAGGGGAGAAACCAUUUGAGUGCCCUGAGUGUGGAUGGUGCUUCAGGAAACAUUCCAGCCUUAUUGCGCACAAGAAAAUUCACACAAGAGAGAAACCCUUUGAAUGUUCUGUUUGUCAGAAAAGUUUCAGUAAGAAUUCCAGCUUAGUGACACACCAGAGGACUCACACAGGAGAGAAACCCUUUAAAUGUCCUGAUUGUGGAAAAAGUUUCAGUCAGCAAUCCAGCUUGGUGACACAUCAAAGGACUCACACAGGAGAGAAACCUUUUGAGUGUCCUGAUUGUGGUAAAAGUUUUAGUCACAAUUCCAGCCUGGUCAAACACCAGAGGACUCACACAGGAGAGAAACCCUUUAAAUGUCCUGACUGUGGGAAAAGUUUCAGUCAGAAUUCCAGCCUAAUUGGCCACCAGAGGAUUCACACAGGAGAGAAACCUUUUAAAUGUCCUGAUUGUGGUAAAAGUUUCAGCAAGAACUCCAACUUGAUUCAACACCAGAGGACUCACACAGGAGAGAAACCCUUUAAAUGCCCAGAUUGUGGUAAAGGUUUCAGUCAGAAUUCCAACCUUGUAACACACCAGAGGACUUACAUCAGGAAGAAAUUGUUUGAAUGUCCUGAGUGUGAAAAAUGUUUCUGUGAUAAUUCCAACCUGGUGAUACACCAAAGGACUCACACAGGAGAGAAACCAUUUGAAUGUCCUGAUUGUGAUAAAUGUUUCAGUACCAGUUCCAGCCUAGUUAGACAUCAGAGGAUUCACACAGGAGAGAAACCCUUUGAAUGUCCUCAUUGUGGUAAAAGUUUCAAUACCAAUUCCAGCCUGGUGACACACCAGAGGACUCACACAGGAGAGAAACCCUUUGAAUGUUCUGAUUGUGAAAAAUGUUUCGGUGACAAUUCCAGCCUGGUUAGACACCAGAGGAUUCACACAGGAGAGAAACCCUUUGAAUGUCCUGUUUGUGGGAAAAGUUUCAGUAACAAUUCCACUCUUGUGACACACCAGAGGACACACACAGGAGAGAAACCCUUUAAAUGUCCUGACUGUGGGAAAAGUUUCAGUCACAGUUCCUAUCUCAUUGGCCAUCAGAGGAUUCAUGCAGGAGAGAAACCGUUUGAAUGUCCUGUUUGUGGGAAAAGUUUCAGUCAGAAUUCCCACCUCAUAGAACACCAGAGGACUCACACAGGAGAGAAACCCUUUAAAUGUCCUGAGUGUGGGAAAAGUUUCAGUCAGAAUUCCACCCUGGUUCAACACCAGAGGAUUCACACAGGAGAGAAACCCUUUGAAUGUCCUGACUGUGGGAAGAGUUUCAGUCAGAAUUCCACCCUGGUUCAACACCAGAGGAUUCACACAGGAGAGAAACCUUUUAAAUGCUUUGACUGUGGGAAAAGUUUUAGUCAGAAUUCCACCCUGGUUCAACACCGGAGGAUUCACACAGGGGAGAAACCGUUUGAAUGUUCUAUUUGUGGGAAAUUUUUCAGUCAGAAUUCCCACCUCGUGGAACACCAGAAGACUCACACAGGAGAGAAACUCUUUAAAUGGCCUGAUUGUGGGAAAAGUUUCAGCAAGAAUUUUAAGCUGGUGACACACCAGGGGACUCACAUAGAAGAGAGACCCUUUGAAUGUCCUGAUCUUGGAAAAGUUUCUCUUGGAGAUCCUAGCUCAUGUACCAGUGGACUCACACAGGAGAGAAACUGUAUGAGUGUCCUGUUUGUGGAAAACGUUUCAGCUGCAAUUCAAACCUGGUGACACACCACAGGGGAGAAACCAUACAAGUGUCCAGACUAUGGGAAAGAUUUCAGUAUUAGGACUAAUCUUCUAAAUCAUAUGCUUAUAGACACAGGGGAGAAACUAUUUGAGUGCCCUCAGUGUGUAUGGUGCUUCAGGAAACAUUCCACCCUUAUUGCACACACAUGACACCCCCAAGUGAUGAGUGUAGAGAAGGCUUGAAUUUCAUUUCUAAUGUCCCAUUGUAAGUCGAGCUGAGAUAUUGACUGUUAAAUCAUGACUAAUUUA